CACACACAUUGAAGAGUUGCAACUUCAGGAGGCAUCGAGUAACUGCUGAAGACGCAAAUCUUCGAGGAAACAUCACCAGAAAGUUCAAUUUUCUCACAGAGAAGCCGUAAGCAGGGAGAUAAAGUGCCAACACCAUGCCUAAACAAGUAGAGGUUCGAAUGCACGAGAGCCACCUGCCACCACAGGAGCCUUCUGCCCAGCUCCGAUGUGGGGGAAUCUUCCAGAAAUUAUUCAAGAACCUGCUACUCUCAUUAACCGUCUUCGGUGUGAUCCUGGGGGCAGUGUGUGGGUGCCUGUUGCGCUACGCCUCCCCUAUCCAUCCAGACAUCGUCAUGGUCAUCGCCUUCCCCGGGGACAUCCUCAUGAGGAUGCUCAAGAUGCUGAUCCUGCCGCUGAUCAUCUCCAGUUUAAUCACAGGCCUGGCUGGGUUGGAUGCCAAGUCGAGUGGGCGUCUGGGCACCAGAGCCAUGGUGUACUACAUGUCAACGACCAUCAUUGCGGCUGUACUGGGGGUGAUCCUGGUCUUGAUCAUACAUCCUGGGAACCCCAAACUGAAGGAACGUCUGGGCGAAGGCAGCGAGAAUGAUGAGGUUUCCAGCCUGGACGCCUUCUUUGAUCUCAUAAGGAACCUCUUCCCAGAAAACCUUGUGCAAGCCUGCUUCCAGCAGAUCCAGACGGUCACAAAGAAGGUGCAGGUGUUCCCAGAGCCAGCAGAGAUGGGGAAGGAAGGGAAUUCCACCAUGGACCCAUUCCUGGAGGCAGUGAAUGCUACUGUGGUCCCUCCUGAUCCUGUGUUUAUCACCAAAAAAUCAUUGGAGUUCAAAGGAGGAAUGAAUGUGCUGGGCGUGAUUGGCUUCUUCAUUGCCUUUGGGAUUGCCAUGGGGAAGAUGGGGGAGAAGGCCAAGCUCAUGCUGGAAUUCUUCAACAUCCUCAAUGAGAUUGUCAUGAAGCUGGUCAUCAUGAUCAUGUGGUACUCUCCGCUGGGUAUCGCCUGCUUGAUUUGUGGGAAGAUUAUCUCUAUCAAGGAUCUGGAGGUAGUAGCUCGUCAGCUGGGAAUGUACAUGGUGACUGUCAUCGUGGGGCUUGUCAUCCAUGGGUUGAUCUUCCUGCCACUCAUUUACUUCGUCUUUGUGCGCAAAAACCCAUUCACCUUCCUUGGGGGCAUCUUCCAGGCCUGGAUCACUGCUCUGGGCACUGCCUCCAGCGCCGGGACCCUCCCAGUCACAUUCCGCUGCCUGGAAGAAAAUCUUGGAAUCGACAAGCGUGUGACACGCUUUGUGCUGCCCGUCGGAGCCACCAUCAACAUGGACGGCACUGCGCUGUACGAGGCUGUGGCUGCCAUCUUCAUCGCACAGAUGAACGGGAUCCAUUUGGACGCAGGGCAGAUUGUAACAGUCAGCUUGACAGCAACCCUGGCCAGCGUGGGGGCAGCCAGUAUUCCCAGUGCUGGACUGGUCACCAUGCUGCUGAUCCUCACAGCAGUGGGGCUGCCUACCCAGGACAUCAGUCUUCUAGUGGCUGUCGACUGGUUUCUAGACAGACUGCGGACCUCAGUGAACGUGGUAGGGGAUUCAUUCGGCGCUGGGAUUGUUUACCACUUAUCCAAGGCAGAACUGGAUAGCCUUGAUGCCCAGCAUGGCCACCCAGAAGCGAUGGAGCUCACCAAAACACAGGCGCUGUAUGAUGACCUCAAGAACCACCAGGAAAACAACUCCAACCAGUGUGUUUAUGCAGCUCAUAAUUCUGCCGUAGUAGAUGAGUGCAAGGUCACUCUGGCCACAAAUGGCUCCACUGCUGAAUACACACUUGUUGAGGAGGAACCAUGGAAACAUGAAAAAUAAAGAACACAAGCCCCUGCUCCAGCUAAUCCUGAGCUCCAGAAGCUUGCCUCCUGGUGAACCAACAAACAAAACAAACAAACUAACAAUUGGUUUAAUACUUUAGCUGAAAAUUCUAUUAAUUAUCUCAGCCAUUCAUGAACUAACUAUUUAACUAGCACAUAUUCAUUGUGAUUGUAGCAGGCUUGGGUGGGAAUUAGGCCUUUAAACCCUGUUUCAUUGGGCUCUGCUGUGAAGAUCAGAAACAGUUAUUUUCGUGGUUUUCCAGGGGCCAGCUCGCCACACAUGCUUCAAGCAAAAGGGGCGGGGAGAACUUUUCAGCUUUAGGGUAAUAAGUGGGCAAAGCAGAAAAAGAAAUCUGUGGAAAAUCUUAGAAUGGUACUCGUUUCUUCUCUCCCUGUCUUUUCGGAGCAUUCCCCCACCCCUUCAUCACUCCUUCAAUCUGAAGCUACACACGCGUAGAUUAGGAGAUAAGAUUAAGAAGAUAUAAUCUGAUAUUGAACCCACACUUAUAAGGGAGUGAUUAAGGGGUUUGUUUUGGGGGAUCAAAAGACAGUGAUCCCCGCUUUAGGCACUCAGGUGAACAUCCCUGCAGUAUCAGUUCUACCUCAAGGUGUUCUGACAAUAUUAUCAAUUAAAACACUUUUCUCAUAAAGCAGCCAGCUUCCUGUAUACCGAUAGUAUUACACGAGGGAAAAAAUAAGGAAUAAAGGGGUUGUCCUUAAUUAAGAAUUACAUGCAAUUGUAGGGUUAUGGUUUAGAAAGACAUUUUAUGUUAUGGCAUAACUAUAUGAGCAAGGGUCUGUGUAUAUUUAAUGCAGAGCUAUGUUUAUAGCUGGCACUGUCUUUACUUUUCCAAACAUGGCAGCCAAUGUUAUUGAGUAAGUGGUUGCUAGAACCUUAGCGCCUUACCACUAUGUUAAAGACUAUUUUUUUUUUUCUUUUACCAUAUUAAGAUGUGAUUGGGUGAUUUAGUUGCUCCAAGUUUAAAUUAGCUUUCCCUUUGUUUUCUCCAGUAAAUUUGAGCCAAGUUCAUCCUGUCUUUGGACUGCUAUCUGGCAUUCCACUCAUACUACUUUCUGAAAUGAGGAAAUCAAAUAAAAUGUCCAAAGUCUUGAGGGAAUUUAGCUUUAAAGUAGGGUAGAGCCAUUGGUAAAGAUUGUUCUCAAUGUCCCUAUAGGAGCAACAGAUCUGAUCCACAUGAAGGGGAAAUUAACAACCCAUUCAAAUGCAAUUGAAGCUAUUUACUCUUCUCUAAAAAAAAAAAAAAAAAACAAUGGCCACUUUCUCAAUAACUAUACAUUCCAAAAACAUUUAAUUGGACUGAGCAAUUGUGUCACCUCUCCUAUUUCACAUACUCCUUUUUUUACAGUUGCCUGUUUUAAUUAUACCUUUAACAUAACAAGUGUAGGCUUAGCUCCUCAGCAUUGCAUGAGCGUUCUAUCUGAUUCUCUGUCGUGUAUCCAGAAGGCUUUCAGGCUGCUUUAGUUUUUUUUGUUUUGUUUUUUUAAAGAAGUGAUUGUGUCAAAGUGCAAAACAGAAUCAUAUAAAACACAUAAAGGUGUAACACAGAUUAAAGCAACUUCAUUAAGUAAAUAUAUACUAAUAAUUAUUUUAGGAAUCUCUUACUGUACCGACUACUCAUUAGGAGAUGACAAACUUUGUUCUGCUUUUUGGAUGUUAAGAUUUUUCCUGUGCAGUUUCAUAUCUAUAUUCAUCACCUUCCAAGACUAUUAAGACAGAAAAAAUAAAUGCAAAAUGACUGCGGUGGGCCAUUCAGACUGCUUGCUCACAAAAUAGCUUGGUAUCGCUGAAAAUAUCAUUGUCCCAUCUUCAAAUGCAUGCAAAAUGAAAGAUCAAUGAUCUGCUAUCCAAAAUAUUAUAUAUGUACUACUAACAAGAAUAUUUGUUCUUCAUGAUAUUUGUUCCCCAAAUAACUGAUUUUUGCAGUUUUGACUGUCCAGACUGUUAGCAUAUGGAAUGUCAGAAUGAUCACAAAAUUAAGAACAAAUUAACCACUCCUGCUUGAUCUAUUUUCCUGGAAAAUGGAGAAUAUUUUGGGGUUCAACUGUAAUUUUAAUUUCAAACCUCAAUUUCAAUUGCAUUUAUUUGUAUAGAGCCUUUCAUAACACAGUAUCUCAAAGCGUUUUACAUGUUGGUGAAAAAGAACAAAAGUAUGCCGUAUCAAGAAGUAAAAAUCACAAAAUAACAGGAAAUAAUAAUAAUGAUAUCAAUAAUAACAAAAAACUAUUGAAGAAAACUAGAACUGAAUAAGAAUGAUGGGUAAAACACAAUGUCUAAAAACAGAUAUAAAGAAAUAAAAUAGAAACAAUUAUGUUUGUAAGUCAAGUUGAAAUAUCAAAGUCUUUAAUCUUGACUUUAAAAUAUUGACCAACCGUGUAUCUCCAAUAGAAAAAGGCAAUGAGUUCAUCAGUCUGGGAGCAUUAUAACUAAACAUAUUUUCUCUUCUCCUUUUCGAUUUUAACUUUGGGAGGCACAAAAGGCCAGCGUUAACUGAGCAAAGUGUACUUUCGAAUCAAGGUGGAGCUAAACCAAUAUGCAUGGCCUUCAUCCGCGAAGCCUGUUUGUAAUGCACACAACGGGGAGAUUUGACUCUCCUGCCUUCUUCUUAAGGAAAGAUGCUUUUAUGUUUGGUUUAACUGGAUCGUAAUGCGUUUGUUUGCUUGUUUGUACACAUGGCCCAGUUUCUACUGUUGCACAACCCAUUAAGACAAUUAUCUUAUAUAAAAAUCUCCUAUAAAAUGCAAAUAAAUAGGUUAUCUUAAUUGCAGGGGCUUUUUUUAAACUAAUCUUUUCCAGCUAUAAAUGCCACAUCAGUAGCUUCUUUUUUGGGGCUUACAUGUUUGAUUAUAAUGCUUUGUUUUUAACAUCUUUGAAAUCCCAGGAGGUUAAUUAAAAAUGCUGCUUUUUGAACAGUGUAUAUGGUACAAUCUGUUUACGUUAAAACUGGAUUUUGCUUUGAUUUAGAAUUGGUCACAGCUGUUGCCAAGGAACUGAGAAAAGUGUUCUGAAAAAUUAAUACACAGCAUUUUUUCUGGAAUUGUACAGAGUAUUUAAAGUCCAGCAUCCUUGGCUCACAGAUAUAUAUAUAUAAUUUUAUUUUUUAUUUUAUUUUUUUCAAAGGCUGUCGCUAUUUUGCUUCCUUUUUUAAAUUUUCUACUGUAUGCAUGUCUGUUUCUAGGAGCAUUUCCCUGAGAAAAGGUGUGGGUGUUUGAAGUUGGCACCAAAUAAUUCUUCUGCUGAUAACUGGAAUUCAGUUUUGAAAAGCACACUGCCCUAGAGCUACUGUCUGAGAAAUGGUCAUGAUUUACAUUCCAAAUUCACCAUUACUUUGGCCGAAUCUAAGCAUUUGUCUCAGUUCAGCAUCCUUGGCUCACAGUCUGGGUUGAGGGAAUAUCCACCUACCGAAACUGUAGUGCCCCCUACCAACCUUAGAACCUUGCAUACAGGAAAAAGGAAAACAUUGAAAACUUUAUCCUGUGCUGUUUAUAGAUAACCACCCUUUUAAUAGGGAGAUUAUCCCUAGGUGCAGGGACACAUGCUCAGGCUGUUAUCCUAAAGCUCAUGACUGUUCUUAGCUCCCCUGAGGGAGUCUCCUCAAAGCACCACAGUGUAUGUCUGAUGUUGGCAAUACGCCACAGGCCUGAUAAUCAGGAAAGGAGAACACUGACUUGAUAUGAAGAUUAAAAAAACAGAGUACAUUCCUUAUAGGAAAAAGGGGUCAAUCCUUUUCUCUCAAUAGAACCAAAUGGCAAAACCAUGGGACCAGAUGUUUGUAUUUGUGUUUGUUUUUUUCUCAAUGUCAACCUUGCCUUGAAGAUUAUAACUGCAAACAGUGCAGACAGUGUGAUGAUUAGUAUUUUUUACCAUAAUCAUUCUUUUUUUAAAACAGAAUUGAAUUGGGCAUUCGUGUUGUUACAAUCAAUUCCUUUCAGAUUUAUACCUGCAAUAUUUACUGGCAAUGUUAAGAAGCACAUGAAAUUUCAUAUAUACUGUAUACAUGUGUACAUUAAAUAUGUACAUACAUUAUAUAUAUAUAUAUAGAGAGAGAGAGAGAGAGAGAGAGACAGAAAUAUAUACAUGUAUAAAAUAUAUACAGUUGGUUCUAUACAGAACUCUACUAUGUAUAAACAAUAUAUCAGAAUCAGUUUAUAUACUGUUGUAGCUCUUUCCUAUCUCUGUGAAUAGAUGAUAAAUGCUUUUCGAAAAUCUUUGACAUUUUUUUUAACAUUCCCUUUCACAAUCUCACUGCUGCAGUGUGAGUACAUUCAGUUGACAAAGACAGAAAUGUUGAUGUAAAUGUGAAAAAAUACAAGUCAUUUCUAUAAAUCUGAUGCGAUACGAUACUGUGUGAAUAAUCUAUAGAGCUAAAUUCCAUUUUAUUCUCAAACAAUUACCUUGCUGUUAUUUGUUGUGACAGAGCAGGUAUUCACCAGAUGGGCACUGAGUGUAAAAACACAUUCUUUUUAUUUACAAAGUAAAAGUACUGAUUGUCCUGAAAAGCUUGGAGUUUAAAUGUAAUUUGUACCACUUUCUGAAGCAUGAGAUAAAGUGUCUCCUUGCACUUUGUAGAAACUGUAGGUAAAAAAUGUCUAAUUUCUGUGAAAUGGUGAAUAGAGAUAGUUUAAUUUGUGUGACUAUUUUGUAAAGCAAUAGAUAUUCCUCCCAUGUGCUCUGUCAAAGAAUAAGAAAAAAAAAAAGAUGUGUCCUGCAUUUGAGUAACUGUUUUGCAUAGCAGUCUUGUAUAGCUGUACUAGUCAAAUAUAUCCAUAUCUAUUUUUUGUAUCUUAUGUAAACAUUUAAAAUGUUUGUUCCAUGAAAUUGAGUCAUGCAUGCAUUCAUUUUAUUGUAUUCAAUUUUGCAAUCCAGAAUUUUCCAGAGAUGGGCACUGAUGAAAGAGUCUCAGUUCAGACACGCAUACUGGUUCAGUUUUGCUAUAUAAGUGGGGUCAUGUGACUUCUGUGUCAGUUUGUGAAAUGUGGGUAUUGUUGUGAGGUGUAACUAGAUUUACAGUUUAAGCCUGUCUAGGAAAAUAAAAAGUCACAUUUAAUUAAAUUAACAGGUUUUUCAUUAUUAAAUGCUUAUUUUAUUUGAGGACCCCUCUGAGGUGACCGUGGCAAUGCCUGUCUAAAAUUCUCCCUCAGAUCUUCAGACAGUGCCUGGUGCGAUUGGGAAAACUGCCUGUGAAACAUAAAACUGAACUGUAGUUAUAGAUUCACGAAAGACACAAAAAUGAAAUGCUGCUGUUUUUUGCCUUGAAUUAAUUUAUCUAAACUUCCCACCAGCUUUAGAAAGUUAGUAAUAUCUGCCUCAAAUCUGUUGAAUGUAGCAAAAUCUAUCUCAUUUAUUACAUCUUGAUAAAUUAAUUCAGGGCAUUAAAACCGCUUUUAUGUACUGUUACUUACAUAAAAAUAAAAAUCAGCCAGGGUGGCAUAUCCUGAGUGUAUUCCAGCUGAAAUCUGAUUCUGUUAAAUUCGGCUUUUUUCUAUUACUUUUAAAAAAGUAUCAGUUUGAACACAUGCAAGUAUUUGUAGACACAAUGUUUAUAUGAUGAGUCAGUUAACGUACACGUCUAUUUUCUACAGUGUUAGAGUAGUGUAGCACUAGUAUUUAGAAACUUUUCUCACUUCAGGUUUGAAAUACUAUAAUGAUCUGUUUUCUGAAUUUCCUAUUUUGUGUAGCUGUAAUACUGAUGUAAAAAAUAAACACAUCCGCAAGCAAUCCUUUCUAUACCAGACAGGUUAAAAACACUGUUCAUACAGUACAUAUCACUACGUGUUAUACCUUUGGUGUACAUACUAUGGAAACUAAUAAAUGUUGAUUCAUAACUAA